ACACCAACGAAGAAGACGACGUCGUCAAACUGCGCCCGUGUUGUGUCAACACAAACAGAAGCUAACGGGGAAGUUUGGACGCCUCCUGCCUGUAGUUCAAGUUGUUCAGUGUUUGGCUCUGCUGAGUUGAAUGAGUUGCAGCCUUCUGCCAUCGCUGUUUCAUAAGUGCUGCUGCUGCUGCCACGAUGGGCCAGCAGCUCUCAGGUCAGUCGGUGAUGAACCGUCUGCCUGAGAAGCUGGUGAAAUACGCCGGACUGGUACGUGACAGUGGCUACCUAACCUACGAGGAGUUUCUGGCAAGAGUGUCCGAACUUAACGACGUUACGGCUAAGCUAGCUUCCGGACAGCCGAAGCAUCUGCUGUUUGAGGUGCAGCCAGGAUCCGAUGCCACGGCAUUGUGGAAGGUGGCUGUCAGAGUCCUCUGCACCAAGAUCAACAAGGAGAACGGUAUGGUGGAGGCAUCACGCAUCAUGAACCUGUACCAGUUUAUCCAGCUGUACCGGGACAUCACCAGCCAGGCUGCUGAGGUGCUGUCUUCAGAGGGCGCCACUGAGGGCCCUUCUGCCCAGCUCCCCUCCACAGAGUCCUGCCAGGCCAGCAUGUGGAUGGGCAGAGUGAAGCAGCUGACGGAUGAGGAGGAGUGCUGCAUCUGCAUGGACGGAAAGGCCGACCUGAUUCUUCCCUGUGCACACAGCUUCUGUCAGAAGUGCAUUGAUAAAUGGAGCGGGCAGAGCAGAAACUGUCCGAUAUGUCGCCUGCAAGUGACAGCCGCCAACGAAUCGUGGGUAAUGUCUGAUAUCCCCACAGAGGACGACAUAGCUGGCUACAUCCUCAACUUGGCUGAUGAGGCGGGCCACCCACACAGGCCUUAACACACAGCACACUUAGCAAAGUAGAUGACGAGAGAAAUCGACCCGCACCAAGUAGACAUGUUGCAUCACAAAGAGACACUUUCACUUUCAGGAGAUUUUUCCUUAACGACUCUUAAGGAAACCAGCAGGGUUCCUUACUCCGCUUGUUCUUAGAGACGGGUCCGGGAAAUGAAACCUCUUCUCUUUGAAUUCCUAAAAAAAAAAGAAUCCCAGGAUGCUCUUUGUAACCCGAGUAUUGUAGAUGUGGUGCUUUAUGGGAACUGUGUGUGAUAAAACGUUGUCUGAAGUGAAAACUCAGUAUUUGUAAUAUGUUAUAAUAAAUUAUAAUCUAUUAAUUUAACACACAUAAUUACCAAAAGUACAGGUCUUACAGUAUUUAACCUACAUGGGGAACCUUUGUUGGGUUUAACCAGGCACUUUAUGAAAGGAAUCCUUUGAUGUUAAUAUGAAUUGAACACAAGGAGGUUAACGGAGGUCAGUCCUUGUAUUCAGAGUAUUUGAAGUAUGACUUGUAUAUCCAUAAUCGUGAAAUUUAGACGAAUAGUUCGACAUUUUAGGCAAUUACGCUCUUUUGCUUUCUUGGGGAGGAAGAGAUUCAAACUGACAAUGAGACACAAACGACAACAAAAAGAGGCUUCUAUAAAGUCUGUGUUCUGCGUCGGUUACGAUCUUCUCAUCUGACUCGUUUUCACCAAAAAGUCCAACUUUUGCUUCAAAUGCAAAUCAAAGACAGUUUCUGAUGAAACUGAAAUACCAAAUGAAUUGUGCACCCAUAAAGCUGCAGUCUGUGUAAUGUAACCCUGCAUGUUUAUAUCCCACAUGACAUGCCUUAUGAGCCGUGUUAUGUGAGCCUGUUAUAAACUUCAGAACCUCACAUACUGACUGAUUAUAGUAUUCUGGGUGUAAAUAGUUUUAUAUGAUUUUAAAUGACUUGGCUUGCUGUAGUGUCUUCUUCACUGUUGGAAAUAACCACUGUGUGUGUGUGUGUGUGUGUAUAUAUGUAUAUUUUAAUUUACCAUCAAUUUAUUAAGGUUAUUUUUACCGAAGUGCUGUAGUUUGCACUCGAACAACUUAUACAUCCUAUAGUUGCUCUAUCAUGUCUGUAAUUAAAGAUAUCUGAUUAGUGGAGAUAUGCAGCUUUUCAGUUACAGCUUUUAACUCUUGUAAAAUUAAAGAUUUGUAAAGUUUUAAAGCCGCUAAAUAGUUUAUUUCUAAAUGAGUAUUUCUGACAUGGUUUCCAGAUCACAUAAAUCACAGGCAGCACUUUUAGUUUUAGGGGGUGUGAUGUAUGAGUACUGGAGCUAUGUGGAAGUAUUUCAUAAAAUGUGAAAAUGCAUUAACAUUGAGCAUUUUUUUUAUUAUUAUUAUUAUUAUUAGCGUGUGAAUUUCAAUUUGAUUAAAAGUAAUUUUUUGGUUGUGGAUGCUGACAAAUCGCACUUUGAAACCUCACUAGCUUUCUUGGAGUUCGUGCACAACAACAGAUGAUUUAAUCUCUGGUGAAAAAUAUUAUCUCACACUGUAAUCCUUUCACAGCAGUACAACAACAACAUGUGCAGCAGCAGCAGAUGUUAUUCAUUACUGCGUAGUCCAUUCAAAAUGUAUAACACAAAGUUGUAAUAUUUAAAGGAUUAUAAAAUGUAAUCAAUUGCUAUAAAGCAUCUGAUAGCACAUACACUCAUUGUAUGUACAUUUGAUCGAAAGGUGUAUUCAAAUGUAAUUGAUUCGUACUGUAUUAUCCUUAAUAAAGAGAUGCUCACUUUUUGCACUUUAUGACUUAUGUUGGAGUUAAAGAAGUAUGCUUUUCAUCUUUAUAUAAUAAUAAUAAUAAUAAUAAUUGAGUUGUAUAGUUGUAGCCAUUUAUCCAUCUCAUUUAAAGACAUGCAAAGGAAAUAUUAAGCAAUACAAACUAAUGCUGCCAUGCAUCAAUGACGUAACAUUAAAGGUAUGUUUUUUAAAUGUG